AAGGAGCUGCUCUCAGUCAGCAGAGCAGUGCCGCUGGAGAGCUCUGUCGAUGGUUGCGGGCUCCAGCCAGAAACACCGCGAUUCCUAACGUUUUGUUUUUUUAUUUUUCUCUUUUUAUUUAUUGCUUUCUCACGAUGUCAUACCGGGCAGGAUGUGACUUGCUGACCUAACCUCGGCUAUCUGCAUGUUUUCGAGACGAGCGGGUGCGCAGAGUGGCCGAGCUGUUCGGGCGAAUGGAAGUUAUUGUUGUGCAUUUGUUUUGACUAUGUUACCCCCAAGUAAGUUUGGGUCCAGUCCGUCUCUGUCCGUCGUCGACUCUUGAAUCGUGGGGAUUUAGCUCCGACUUCUCCGAGGAGAGAACACCGCCGGAGGAUUCCUGCAGCCUACGGCCAGCGAGCUUUUCCGACCGAGCCGGGGAUUUAAAUCGUCAUUUGGCGGAGAGCUCCGGGAGAGGCGAGAGUCAAAAGAAAGAAGAAAUUCAUGUGGCCAUUCUCUCUAUAGCCAAACAUUUUUUUUGGGUGGGAUUGCAUAAUGAGCAAGGAAAGACCUAAGAGGAAUAUCAUUCAAAAGAAAUAUGAUGAUAGUGAUGGGAUCCCGUGGUCAGAGGAGCGGGUUAUGCGAAAGGUCCUUUAUCUCUCCCUAAAAGAGUUUAGGACGGCACAGAAACGCCAGCUGGAAGGAGACUGCGCCCCAAACUCCAAUGGUUCUCUAGCCAAUGGACAGCUGAAUGGGACGGGGUCAAAGGGCAGCCACAAAGAAGAUGGGUCCUUGCGCUCUCAGGGCCUGCAUGGGAACAAUGGCUACGGCGAGGAAAGUCCGGCAAAGAAGAGGCCUCGGCUUCAGGCUCAGAGGAAGUUCGCCCAGUCGCAGCCCAACUCACCCAGCACUACUCCCAUCAAAGUGGCCGACCCAAACGGCUUGAACGGCGGCCUGGCCACCGGGUCAUCCUCUUCCCUGUCAUCGCUGUCGUCCUCAUCCCUGUCGUCCUCCAUUCAGGACCUGUCCAGACGCAAGCCCAAGACGGAGGACUUCCUCACCUUCCUCUGCCUCAGAGGUUCCCCGGCCUUGCCCAGUAACAUGGCCUACUUUGGAAGUUCCCAGGAGGAGGAGGACCUGGAGGAGGACGAAGAGGACGAGGAAAACGAGGUUCGGAACGGAGGAGGCGUCCACUCACACGGCGCCGGAAGCAGCAACCAGACCCCAGCUGCCGCCUCCUGCCACUCCACGCCCCGCAAGGGCAAGCUUCCUGCCAAGCAGCCGCUUAAUGGGCACGUUUUCCACAGCCACACUAAAGCAGGGACCAGGGAAAGCCCGAGGCCCAAGGCAGGGACACAUAGCAGGGAUGCACCCGCUCCACCGCUGCCACCUCCUCCACCCCCACCUCAUCCCCUACUGAGGGAGCGCAGUGAACGGGCAGAGGCCCGGGAGCACGCCAGGGAGCUACAGGCCAUGGCCAACGCUCGCGGCUCGGCUAACGGACUUCCUCCACGAAGGGCGGCUGAGGAGCUACGGAAGCAGGUUUCGAAAGUGAAUGGGCUGAUGCGAGCGAACUCGGCACAAGCUGCUGGUGUUUCCAAGAGGAGCCGCGACAUCCGACUGCCGUCCAAAACUGUGAAGAAGUACACAGCCACCGUGUCCAAGGGCCACGUCACAUACACCAAAGCCAAACUGAAAGAACUGGGCAAGAAAACCAAACUCAGCAGCAGCAACAAACAUAACAACGCCGCCUCGGCAACAUCUUCAGCGAACAAUCACAAUCAGCACAGCCAGCCAGCAGCCAGCAACGGGCUGGCCAACUCAGGAAAAGCAGCAGCACCAGCCCAUCACAGCAAUGCAAAAACCCGCAAACAGGUGCUACUGUCCAAUGGGCUGCACAACGCGUCUGCCAACGCCCGGCCCAACGGCAGGCUGAACGGGCAGCGGCACAACUCCCUGGCUAAUAAGGAGGUCAGGCAGAAACACUGCCAGCAAGGCCAGAGUGAAUGCCCAGGUCGAGAGGGACUGCGCAAUUCCAAAAGGCGUCUGGAGGUGGUGCUCAACUCGGUGGCUACAGGAACCGCUGAGCAGAAAGCCAAACCGAGCGGGACGGAUCCUAAAAAGGCCAAGCUCCAGUCCACGCCUCUGGAGACGCGCAGCAGCAGCAAGAAAGUACAUGAAGAGAAGGCGAGCAAGCAAAACCCCACCACUCCAGUUUCUAACGGACACGACUCAGAAACUGCCCCUCCCCCCAAACAAACUCAGCCUGUUACCCCCCCCUCCAAACAAAGCUCACCUCCUUCUACACCAGCAGCCAAUGUGGAGCCGCUGAACCAGAGACCGAAGCGAGCGUCAGCUGGCAAGCUGAUGUUGAUACGACAAGCACAGCAGCAGCAGAGCAGGUCGCACGGUCGCAGCUCCUCCUCUUCCUCCCCUUCAUUAGGACAGAAUCACUCGCCAAACCCCUGCUCUGGCAGCACUACCUCAGACCCCCAACAAACUUCAGUUUCUUCCUCCUCCUCGUCCUCCUCCCCUUCUAUCCCAGCUUCCACCAACAGCCCCGCUCAGCUCAAACCAGCAGCCGCGCGGCCCGCCGACCGCGACAAGGAGUGGGAGCGCGAGAAAGACCUGACCCGUCAGAAGGAGCGAGACCAGGAGAAGGAUUGGGACUGCCAGCGGAGCAGGCCGGACGGCUGGGCGGCACUGGGCGAAGCCCCGGUCUUCCGGCCGGCUCCAAGGGAGUUCCAGGACCCGCUGGUGUACCUGGAUGCAGUAAGGGAACAGGCCGAGGUGGCUGGCAUGUGCCGCGUGGCGCCGCCGCCGGACUGGCGGCCGGAGUGCAAGCUGAACGAGGAGAUGCGUUUUGUAACACAGGUGCAGAGGGUCCACAUGCUUGGCCGACGCUGGGGCCCCAACGUGCAGCGAAUGGCUUGCAUCCGCAAGCACCUUAAAUCUCAGGGCAUUACCAUGGAGGAGCCGCCUGUCAUUGGUGGCUGUGAAGUGGACCUGUCGCGCUUUUUCCAGCUCAUCAACGACAUGGGGGGCAUGCAGCAGGUGAUGGACCUGAAGAAGUGGACCAAGCUUGCAGACCUCCUGCGCAUCCCCAAGUCCGCGCAGGACCGGCUGGCCAAGCUGCAGGAGGCCUACCUCCAGUACAUCCUCUCCUACGACUCACUCAAUGCCGACGAGCGCCUUCGACUGCUGGCAGAAGUGCUGGAAGACAAAAAGAGGCUGGAGUCGCGGCGGGGCCCCCUGGAGGGCCUCUCUGACUCCUCUGCACCCAACGGACUCUCGCUGCCCCGCUACGAGCCAAAGAACGGGCUGGUCGGCGGGAUCGUGGGAGGGACGACCGGGCAUCACCGCACCAACGGAGUCUAUCACUGCUUGAAGGAACUGAAGGCUCAGGUCAAAGCGGGUCGGCGCCGGCUCUUCGCUCAGGAAAAACAAGGCAAAGAGGACAGGCAGCACGGGGAGGAGCCGCACUCGGGGCAGGAAAAUGGGGGCUUGUUUGGCGACCAACACAAAUGCAUUUACAAGGGGAAAUCUGUGUCCUUGACCAACUUCUUCAGGAUAGCUCGCAACACCAUGACCAUGUGCUUUAACAAGGAGCCGGGGGCCGCCGAGGUCGAGCAAGAAUACUGGAGGAUUGUAGAGCAGAGAGACUCCCACGUGGCAGUGCAUUGUGGGAAGGUGGACACGAGCACACACGGCAGCGGUUUCCCCACAGGAAAGUCAGAGCCAUUCUCAAAACACGGUUGGAACCUCACUGUCCUCCCCAAUAACUCUGGAUCCAUUUUGAGGCAUCUAGGUGCUGUGCCUGGAGUGACUGUUCCCUGGCUAAACAUUGGCAUGGUCUUUUCUACCUCAUGCUGGUCUAGAGACCAAAACCGCCUUCCAUAUAUUGAUUACUUACACACUGGUGCUGAUUGCAUUUGGUAUUCUGUCCCUGCUGAGGAGAAGGCUAAGCUGGACGAGGUGGUCCACACACUGCUUCAAGCCAACGGCACGCCAGGACUAGAAAUGCUGGAGAAGAACAUCAUGAUCUCUCCAGAGGUGCUAUGCCGGGAAGGCAUCAAGGUUUACCGCACGGUCCAGCGGAGUGGCCAGUUUGUGGUCUGCUUCCCCGGUGCCUUUGUCUCCAAAGUGUGCUGUGGCUACAGCGUGUCGGAGACGGUCCACUUCGCCACACCACACUGGAUGAACCUGGGCUACGAGGCUGCAAAGGACCUGAAGUGUCGUUGUAUAGCCAAACCCUUCUCCAUGGAGAAGCUACUGUAUCAGAUCGCCACCUCUGAGUCUAAGAGGGACAAUGGCCUUCUUCUCACCACCAUCUCUGCCCUACUCAAAGACCUCAGGAACAUAGAGAUGCACCAACGUCAGGAACUUUACAAGGCAGGUCUGCUCUCUUCUGCUCGCUACGGCACACACGACGGCGGCCUGGGGUCCGUCGAGGGCCGGAAGAAACCCCGCGGAAAAUGGCUGGCGCUGGAGUCAUCUGAAAGACGCUGCCAAAUCUGUCAACACCUCUGCUACCUGUCCAUGGUGGUUCAGGAGACGGACAAUGUGGUCUUCUGCCUGGAAUGUGCCCUUCGUUACGUGGAGAAACACAAAUCCUGCAGAGGCCUUAAGAUGAUGUACCGAUACGAUGAGGAUCAAAUCAACAGUUUGGUGAACCAGGUGUGUGGGCGCGCCAUGUUAAAGAACGGCAGCAGCGGCGGAGGAGGGGGAGCAGUCAUCAUCACCAACGGCGGCGGAGGGGGGGACCUGUUCCCCGUCAAAGCAUCACCAGCCAAGCGCGGCCCGAGAAAGCGCGCCACAGUCGAGGUGUCCCUCGCCCGUCUGUCCGCCAGCCACCUGCCCAAAGCUGCAGCUGUGUCCUGAGGGCGGCACCCCCCCCACAUCCCCAACCUGUGUGCUGUGCCCCACCCUGUUACCGCAACACCCCCACCCACUCACCCAGCCUUCUUUGGGCUUUUUUUUUUUCACCAUCAGCCCCACAAAACUUGACAGAUUGAACAUUUUUCCUCCCUUCCCAAUCAUGACAGGCUUGUUUAUAAAAAGGAAAUUUAAGAAAACGAAAAGCAAGAUGAGGUUUUUGCACUAGUGUGAAAGAAGAAUUGGUUUUUAUUCUGGAUGAUUUUAGAAGUCCCUCCCUUCCUUCAAUCAAGCAUUAAAGUGUCGGUCAGAGGAAGACUCCCCCCUGACACGGCUUACAUUUGUUACCAUCACAUGCAUCACCCUCUCCACCCCCCCAGACAGUCAACUUCAUCUCAACUGUGAACUUGGGAUGGAUCCAAACAGCUGCUUUUCCCAGUUUUCCCAAAAAACGUUGUACCCAAAGUUUGUCCCCGAUUCAAAGAGGAGGCGCCCUUGUCCUGAGUUGGAACAUUUCUCAGUCCAUCCCAGCAUUAUUAUUAUUAUUGUUGUUUUUUUAGAAAAGGGGGGUAGAGAUGCAAGAUAAAAACUUGAAAGACAAACAUGUUGGUUUACUGAUGGAUUUUUGAGUUUGAUUUUUGAAGUUUAGAUUUGUUUCUGAUAGUUCUUUUGGGCUUUUUUUGGGUGUGAUUUUUCUCUCUCUUUUUUUUUCUUUUCUCUUUUUUGUCUUUGUGGAUGUUGCUCGACCCGUUACCGGUCGCCUCUCUUCCUCGUAACCCGGAGCGAGCGAAAACGGUGCCUGAUUGGUGCACUGAUGGUGCAAGGAGAUCCCUCUUUUAUUGGUGCUGUAGGUUACAAUUACUGUAUAACAACACACACACACUCACACAAAAAACAAAACACAACAAAGUCAAUAAAAAACUCUGGGGGGGCUGGUGCCGGCUGUCGAGCUCACUUGCCCUCCCGCCCGCCCCACAGGGCAGAAAGGCCUUCAGCCUUCUCUGCUUCUAGAUGUGCAAUCGUGUUAACAUUCCAUUCUUCCAGCCCUCUUGUUUUAUUUGUACCAGUAAACAUUAAUUAUUAUAUUAUUUUAUUGUCGUUUUUUUUUUUUACUUUUAUUGAUCUGAUGUGUUAUCUCAAGUAGAGCCACUAGUCGAGUGCAAAAUGUGAAAUAUCAACCUUUUUUUUUUGCUUCCUUUAUGCCCCCCCCCCCCCCCCACUUAUUUUUUCUAGAUGUAUUAUCUUUAGAGAAACUCCAACACAGACAUAGAAACAAACAAACAUCCUCUUUUUGUACAUAUAUCCUGUAAAUGUCUCUAAAUACUUGAGCCUUUUUUUCCGGGGUUACGUAAGAAAGAAAGUAAGAAAGAAAGAAAGAGGAAGACAUAGAUGAGAGAUGAUCCAGAGGAUGCUGGAUGAAGAAAAAGCCUUACAUUUCCCUUUCUUCAUCGGUGUGACUUUGACGCUGACAGGGUUGCUCUGGUAGAUGUGUAUAAAAAGUUUUAAGUGCUGCUUAUGUCACUAAGAAAGAAGAUAUGGAGUAGCCAAUGUUUGACCCUCCUCUUCCUCUUCCUCCUCCUCCUCCUGUCGCCCUCUGCCCCAAACUUAGUUUUGUUUGUUUAGCUUUACUUUUUUAAAGAAAAGGGAAAAAGAUAAGUUGGGACAAAAAAAAAAGGAUUUUUACAUUUUCAUUACUGAAAAUUCAACACAAAUGUAGUAGCUACUCAUGUUGCACUGAGCUUGCCAGUGGUGACUGUCAAGGAAAAAUCCUAUAAUCCAGUUUGUUGGUUGUUGUCCCUCGCAGAAGACUGAACUGUUUUAGGACUAUUUAAUGAAAAGUCGGGUCUUUUCAACAUAAAAAAAAGUGGUUGUCAAGUUUUUAAGGCCUUACGAUUAAUUUCACUCUGAUGGGAUUUUAUUUGUUGUUCAUUUCUCGUUUUUGCUUUUCUUCCAUUUUCUACAGUAUAAACUACUUGUCGGCAGUGGUGACUUAAUUUAUUCAAGCCGUUUCUUGGCCCCCCCCCUCCAUCCAGAAAGAGUUUCAUGUUGGUUAUAUUGACAGUUUUUUACUUUUUGCAGUUUGUACUUAAGGUUGAAUAAAAACCUACUGACAAUUCACUGUCAUCUCUUUCA